AUGUCAGAGCCAGAUAAUAACGGAAUCAAGACGGAAGUUCCUAUUACCAAUCGGCAGGGUAAUGAGUCAACGAGAGAUGGAUUUUUGGAACCCAACCACUCGGAUUGCUUACAAACAGAAGCUUCGAAUGCCAAUAAUAACAAUGGUGCCCGUGCAUGUACAUGUGGCUGUGGCUGUACGGGAGAUUUUCGUACAAAGCUUGCGGAUCCUGGUCCUCUUGGAUUUAUUGCUUUCGGUAUGACGACACUUCUCUUUAAUAUAAGUAACGCAGAAUUGUGCCCGAUGAACACCACAACGGCGGGAAUGGUGUUGUGUUAUGGUGGCAGCACGCAAGUACUCGCAGGCAUCAUGGAGUUUGUUCGCGGUAACACUUUUGGCUGCACGAUCAGUACAACGUUCGGGGCAUUUUGGUUGGCCACCGCGUGUAUGUGGUUGUUACCACGACAAACAGAGCAGACACCGUAUGAAUACUUGGUGGAAGCACAGUCGGAUUUUUUGGGUGCAUUCUUCUUAAUGUGGGCUGUGUUUGCGUAUGUGAUGUGUGCCUCCGCGCUUCGACAACCUCUUGUGCUUGUGUUUGUCAUCUUUACAGCCGGUUUUAAUUUCACCUUACAGUGUAUUUCCUUCUGGUCACGCAGUCAAACCUUGGCGCGUGUAGCUGGAUUUGAAGGUAUGGUUUGUGGUGCCUCAGCGAUGUACGCUGGACUCGCAUUGACAGUGAAUGACAGCUACAAUUCUAUAAUUCUUCCGUUACUCCACCAUACCCGUGGUCGCAUCCAUUUAAAGAAAAAGUAA